GGCUCGGCGUGUGUAUCGCAGUUAGUGCAGCUGUAGUAUUUACAGCCCCACUGCCCUUCCCACGAGAAUGCAGUUACUGUCAUUUACAUUAUUUUCCAAGAGGUUGCUUUAUAGCAACAACUCCGUUGAUGUAGUCCUGCAGUGACCGUAUCUGUGGUAGUAUUUUGCAUUAGUGUCGUGUAGCGAGCAGAGGAAAGAGUGCGCGCUCGGAUCCAGCGAGUCUGCGAUGGAGGGCUCGACGGGGGAAGGUGACCUGUUUACCGUCAAACACGAGCUCAGAAACGCCAAUCUGACGGGUCACGUGGAGCGAGUGGGCAUUGAGAACUUUGAGCUGCUGAAAGUGCUGGGAACAGGAGCCUACGGCAAGGUGUUCUUGGUUCGCAAGGUGAGCGGCCAUGAUUCGGGUAAACUCUAUGCCAUGAAGGUGCUGAAAAAGGCCACUAUUGUGCAGAAGGCGAAGACGGCAGAGCACACACGCACGGAGAGACAGGUCCUCGAGCACAUCAGACAGUCUCCUUUCCUGGUUACACUCCAUUACGCCUUCCAGACAGACACCAAACUGCAUCUCAUUCUAGACUAUGUGAAUGGAGGUGAGCUCUUCACGCACUUGGUCCAAAGAGUUCGCUUUAAAGAGCAAGAGGUUACCUUGUACAGCGGGGAGAUUGUACUAGCACUGGAGCACUUGCAUAAGCUGGGAAUUGUCUACAGAGACCUAAAACUUGAGAAUAUACUUCUUGACUCAAACGGUCACAUCGUGUUGACGGAUUUUGGGCUUAGUAAGGAAUUUCAUGAGGUAGAGAGAGCUUAUUCCAUCUGUGGCACUGUUGAAUACAUGGCCCCUGAGAUUGUAGCAGGAGGAGAGUCGGGACAUGACAAGGCGGUGGACUGGUGGAGCUUGGGAGUUCUGAUGUAUGAGCUGUUGACCGGAGGCUCUCCUUUCACUGUCGAUGGCGAUGAGAACUCUCAUUCUGACAUUGCCGAGAGAAUUAUGAAAAAGGAUCCUCCAUUCCCCAAAGACUUAGGACCUCUGGCCAAAGACAUUAUCCAGCGAUUGCUAAUUAAAGACCCAAAGAAGAGGCUGGGCUCGGGGCCCUCAGGGGCCCAGAAUGUGAAAACCCAUCCAUUUUACCAGAAAAUGAAUUGGGAGGACCUUGCUGCUAAGAAGGUUCUGGCUCCGUUUAAGCCUGUAAUUCGUGAUGAGCUGGAUGUUAGUAACUUUGCAGAGGAGUUUACAGAGAUGGACCCGACAUACUCCCCAGCAGCACUUCCGAACAACUGUGAUCGCAUCUUCCAGGGCUAUUCCUUCAUGGCUCCCUCCAUCCUGUUUAAGAGGAAUGCUGUAAUGGACGACCUGGCUCAGCUGUGUGGUGGGUCAGAGAGGCCGGGCUCAGCAGCUGUUGCCCGUAGCGCUAUGAUGAAGGACUCUCCGUUCUACAUGAACUAUGAGAUGGACCUGAGGGAGAGCGCUCUGGGAGAGGGAAGCUUCUCCAUCUGCAGACAGUGCACUCACAAAAAGACUGGACAGAAAUACGCUGUAAAGAUUGUCAGUAAAAGAAUGGAGGCACAAACACAGAAAGAGAUCGCUGCUCUCAAACUGUGCGAUGGACAUCCCAACAUAGUCAAGCUACAUGAGAUCUACCAUGACCAGCUCCACACAUAUCUUGUUCUGGAGCUUCUGCAAGGUGGAGAGCUGCUGGAGAGGAUCAGAAGGAAGCAGCACUUCAGCGAGACGGAGGCCAGCUGCAUCAUGCGCAGACUGGUGUCUGCCGUUAGCCACAUGCAUGAUGUUGGUGUGGUGCACAGGGACCUCAAACCUGAGAAUUUGCUCUUCACUGACGACACUGAGAGUUCAGAAAUAAAAGUUAUUGACUUUGGCUUUGCACGGCUCAAACCCCCUGACAAUCAGCUCCUGAAGACCCCCUGUUUCACUCUUCAGUACGCUGCACCGGAAAUCCUCAAAUACAAUGGUUAUGAUGAGUCCUGCGACCUCUGGAGUUUAGGAGUCAUUUUGUACACCAUGCUAUCUGGCCAGGUCCCAUUUCAGUGCCAAGGGAAGAGUCUAAUGCACACCAGUGCAGACGAGAUUAUGAGGAAGAUCAAACAAGGAGACUUCUCUUUUGAAGGUGAAGCCUGGAGGAAUGUGUCCAGUCAUGCUAAGGAUCUGAUACAAGAGCUGUUGACGGUGGACCCUGACAAACGGAUAAAGAUGUGUGGCCUACGCUAUAAUGCCUGGCUGCAGGAUGACAGUCAGCUCUCCUCCAACCCUCUUAUGACACCUGACAUCCUGGGAUCUUCUACCAGAUCAGUGCACACCUGUGUCAAAGCCACCUUCAAUGCCUUUAAUAAGUGUAAGCGGGAAGGCUUCCGACUCCAGACGGUUGACAAGGCUCCUUUGGCCAAACGCAGGAAGAUGAAGAAGACCAGCACCAGCACAGACACCCGCAGCAGCUCCAGUGAGAGCACACACUCAUCAUCCUCUUCCUCCCAGUCUCAGGAUAAGACGCCACCAGGCGGAGAGACAGCCAUUAUCCCCCAGGCCUCCGCGAGUACACCUCUCACUCUGGGCCCUGACGAUGAGCCCUCUCAGGGCGAACCCAAGCCUGCCUUCACCUUUGCAGACUGAACCUGUCUGAGAAAAAAAACAACAGGAUAAGUUACGUAAUUUUCCCACCAUCUUUCUCCUCAUGCUCUGGCAAGGCCAUACAACUCCAGAAUUUGCAUGCAGGGAGCAACUCAAAUCCAUCACUAGCAAUAGAUGCACACCAUGAGCACUGAAGUCAGAGCUUGAGUGAACUUCUGGUUCAUGUCCCGCAUGGCUAAAACUCACUGCAUCCAGUCCAGUGUCUCAAACAGGAGGGAGAACUUCACUUUGAGGAGCAACUAAUCCUUCCACUGAUGGAGAAAGGAAAGUCUGCUUCUGCAGUGUCUUGACUGACCAGGCACUUUGCUUCUGGCAAAAAAGGAAAGGGAUAUGUAUUUUAAAAGUAUAUAAAUAUAAUUUAUUUUAGAGGAAAUUUAUUGUUGUUAUACAGACUUCUCUUAAAUUUGGUUUAUAAUAGUAUUCAGUAUAUUUAAAAAAUUGUCAAAUAUGACAGCUCCAUUUGUGCUGGAAGCUUUGUGGUUCACAUAAUUAUCUAACUUCAAUCUUUGACUUCUUCCAACAGAUUUUACUGAAGUAGCAACAGUUAGGUUUAAUAGUUUCCGUGUGAGCAUUUCAUUAUAAAACACUUGUUAAUUAACCUUGGCAAGGUAAAAAAGACGUAUGUUUCAUAUUUACACGUUAUUUGAAUUUUCUGUUGAGAUCCUUUCCUCAGGUUAUUUAUUUGUUUUUUUUUUUAAACUUGAACUCAUUUGUUAAGAGUUGAAGACAAAGCCAGUGGCUAAAUGUGCGGUCACAUUUACCUUUGCUCUAAGAAUUUUUGUGGGUGAAAUCUAGUUAUUUCACUGGGAAUCUGCACAAUUUUGCAUAGGAGCAAAAGAUUUCCCCAUGCAGAUUUUGCAUCAGGUUCAGUUUUUCCACACAGAUCUGAUACAUUGACCAACAAGAAGAUGCUUGCUUUGAAAGUGACUUCUGCGUGAGCAUUGCUUUGUGACUGGACAAUGGAAGUCAAUGGAAUUUUUGGUUUAUUUGUGAAAUUUAGCUAAUGACACCGUGUCUUAAAUGAGAGAACGCUAGAGGUGUUGCUUUGGAUGUUGUUUUACUCUGAGACUUCGUCAUUCAAGGUUUUGUAAGUUUAAACCGGGAUUGAAUCUGCUUAAAGUCAAGAUUCUUUUGUAAACUAUGAUUCUUUUGUAAACUAUGCACAAACCAAAUUGUCCUCUUCAUUGACUUUCAUUUUUCAGUGGCAUUACUUGGGCCUUUCAGGCAAUUGGAUAAUGCUACCCAGUAGCUAAAUAGCUCAUAUUCAAUCUGUUUUACAUUCAGUAUAAUGCUGCUUACUUUUCAUGAUCCAAUCAGUUUCUGAUUGAUAGACUCAUGUCCUGUCCUAAAAAAAAAUCUUGUUAUCCUGUUUCAUAUGAGAAUGCCUCACAUGAGAGGAGGAAAUGGGUUUUGAUUCUUGCUGACUUUAAGCACCUGCAAAACCUAAUGACACGCUUAUCUCACAGAAGAUAACCAUGACUGCAGGGCCACAUUUUAGCCUGAAAUGAAAUGAUACGGCAGCUAAAAGACAUCUGUGGUUUCCUGUUUGACGGUGGCAUGUUGUGUUUUUGGCCCUGUGUUUGAUGAAUGAUGCUUUAAGACGUGCUGCGGCAGAGUCUGUGGUGUUCAAAACGAUGUGCUUGCAUUAUUUUCUUCUUAGCAUUAUCUGUUUCACAAGCCUUGGAGGUUUAGUGACACUGAGGUGCAGUAUUGCAGAACUCAAGUCCAAGACCGUAUUUUCAGGAGCAUUUGGACUCUUGAGAUUUGUCUGGACUUGAGUACCACACUCUUGAAAAUAAAAAGGAAAAUAAAAAUCUCUUUCUCUCCAUUCUAUGGCAGCAAUGCCAUAGAUGAACCAUUUUGGAUUCUCCAAAGAAACUUUCAGUGAACAGUUGCUAAAAUAACAACUCUGAACAACCUUUUCCCAUUAUAAACAAAUGCACAAUGCAAAGGUCCCAUGGUUAAAGGUUCCUCAAUGAACCGUCGAUGCCAAUAAAGAACCUUUAAUUUUAAGAGUGUACAACACUGCUGAGCUGAUUAUCUUCUGUUUUUUCCAGCUUGGUGAUGGCAUUUUUACAGUCGUCAUUCAUAUCUUGCAAGCACUACAAAACUACUUGAAAGGCACUUGAACUCUACAUUGCUAUGCAAAAGUUAUUUUCUUCCUUUCUUCUUCGGUUUCUGUUGGUAUCCUGCAAGGUCUUUAUGCAUUAGAAAAUAGUGAGUAUAAGCAGUGCCUCAUCGGGGCAAACAUAACUGCCAUUUUUAGGGACAGACGCAAGGCUCUGGUCUCGAAGUAAAUCAUGCAUUCCACUUCCUGUGCACUAACCGAGACGAGACAUCCCAUCAUUGAGCUUUUAAAUGGCGAGGGUUGGAUUGGGAGCCAGCGGUGGGUACGCAUGCUCAAACACACACAAACUGGUGCUCCUGGCCACUCGAACCCAGGCAGAGGACAAGAGCAAUAAGAACAGCAGGAGCUAGGCUCACUUUCAUGUGGCUGAAAGCCGCUGCGUUCGGCCUCUUCCCCAUCACUGUUGCCCCUGAAGCUCCCUCAUUACUGCCGCCUCCUUUUGUUUGGGUGUAUUAAUAGAACAGAGAGAACUCUCUUCUGGGAGUGAGGCUUUAUUAGAUGGUUUGCCUCGCUCCUGUUUGUCCCACUGGCUCCCUGAUUCUACGCACAAACAUGGAGCUUGUUGUAAGGUUUGAUAAGUUUUUAGGGUUUUUCCUCUUGUUUUAGCUGUUAAGAGAUUAAGGGCCAGGCGUGGGUUUUCGUUUAGCGUUAACAGAAGCAUAGUGAGCGUCAGCCCUUAAACUGAAUGCUCUCCAUUGAUCUGUGCACUCCGUUAUUGUCGCCCUAUUUUAGUGCUUGUAAAUUGUGUUGUCUGCUUGUGAAAUGUAAGCGAGGGCCCUCGUGCGCAUGUAUCCGUGAUAGCGCCGGGUGUGGGUGGCUCAUCUGUUUGUGGAGGUGGGCUGAUUGGCCUUUUUAAGAUCCACCUUGUUUUUAUAGGGGUUUUGGAUUUGAAGUUGGAGAGUUAAUGGGAUGGUUCACCCAAAAGUCUGUCGUUUACUCACUCUCAAGUCUCUAGUUUAUUGGGCAUAAAAGAUGUUUUGAAGAAUGUUGAUGAAUGUUGAGCAGCCAUUGACUUCCACAGUAUGGAAAAACCGUCAGUCUACCGCCGUCAACUGUUUGGUUAAAAACAUUCUUUAAAACCUUGUCUUUUCUGUUCAACAGAAGAAAUAAACUUUGUAACAAGAAUUUAGAUUUUUGGCUGAACUAUCCCUUUAAUUUUCGUAACGUAAUAUAAAUGGAUUUGUUUAACUGCAUGAAAACUUGUUCCCUUUCUGUUUCAUGUGAUCUUCAGUAGAAUUGCCUUGUUUUAGAGGUGGUUAUGCUUUAGAUGUUAAAGUCAAACUUUGAAAGUUCAAAACUGUCAUUUGACACACAAAAAAAAAAAAGCAAGCAGCCUGUAAUUGUUGCAUUGAUUAAAAAAGUGGCUAGGGUUAGUUGAUAAAUAACAAGAUUUUAGGUUCAAAUGUAAUUUGUCUAUGUACUGUAUAUCAGUGGUUCUCAAUCAGGCAGCUUCAGAAAAAUUCCAAGGGGGCCUCAAGAUAACGUAUUAUUAAAACACUACAAACCAAGCAUUAAAAUAAACCAAAAAAUAAAAUUAUAAAUCUGAAUAUUUUUUAUUUUAAUGGGGAACCAGGGUUUCCAUUGUCUUCAAAAACCUGAAUAUUAGGUAUCCUAAUUUUAGUAUAUAUAUAUAUAU